CAAAUCAAUGCAAGAACAUGUUGGAUUAAAAUUCAAGAUUUGUGCUAACUUUAACCUUGUCAAAGAUUAUACUGGGUAUGAUGUUGUUGUUGUCGACCAUAUUAUGCAUUUGGACACCCGAUUCGAUUCAAAAUCAUUGCCUUUUCUUUCAGCUGAGAAAUUAGAAAAAAUGUAUAAAAAACUAUAUUUUGAUAAAGGGUUUGUGCCAAUUAACUGCUAAGUAUUUGGACACCCAAUUCAAGUUCAAGAUUCUUGCUUUAUCUGUCACUGUUGAAAGAGAUAUGAUUUUUACGAAGCUUUUUGUCAAAGAUGGAUUUUGGCCCUAACUUAGCCCAAAAACUAUGAUUGUCCAAUUCCAUAUAAGGUAACCAAAUUUCCUAUCACUUUUCCAAUAUGGGAAUUCUUUUAACACUUUCAGUUGGGAUAUUUUUCAGCUCAGAAAGUAGAAAAAGAUAAGAUUUUGAUAAAGGGUCUGUAUCAAAAAGGCUAUUAUAUUAAUGGAGGAAAGACAGAAAAAAGGGGGUUCAUUGGUUUUUGCAGUUAAUGGAGAGAGGUUUGAGUUGCCAUGUAUUGAUCCUUCUACAACUUUGCUUCAGUUCUUGCGCUCUCAGACUUGUUUCAAGAGUCCUAAACUUGGUUGUGGUGAAGGUGGUUGUGGGGCUUGUGUUGUUCUGGUAUCGAAGUAUGAUCCGAAGCUUAAAAAGGUUGAAGAUUUUAGCGUGAGUUCAUGCCUUACACUUCUUUGCAGUUUAAAUGGUUUUUCAAUUACUACAAGUGAAGGCCUUGGGAACACCAGAGAUGGUUUCCACUCUAUUCAUGAAAGAUUUGCCGGUUUCCAUGCUUCUCAAUGCGGCUUUUGCACUCCCGGCAUGUGUAUGUCAUUUUUCUCCGCUCUUGUCAACGCCGAUAAAGGAAACAAGCCAAAUCCUCCACCGGGAUUCUCUAAGCUUACUUCGUCCGAAGCUGAAAAGGCAAUAGAAGGAAACCUUUGUCGGUGCACUGGAUACCGGCCCAUUGCUGAUGCCUGCAAGACUUUUGCUGCUGAUAUUGAUAUAGAGGAUUUGGGAUUCAAUGCUUUUUGGAAAAACGGAGAUUCCAAGGAAAUGAAAGUAAGUAAAUUACCUCCCUAUGAUCCAACUAAAAACUUCAAUACAUAUCCCGAGUUCUUGAAAAGUGAAUCCACCACGAAUUUAGACUCUUCAAGGUACCUUUGGUAUACUCCUGUUUCCAUUGAGGAUCUACAGAGCUUGUUGAACUCCAACGUGACAGAAAAGGGUGCAAUCUUUAAACUAGUCGUUGGUAAUACUGGAACAGGUUAUUAUAAAGAAACUCAGCGAUAUGAUCACUAUAUUGAUCUCAGGUACGUUCCCGAACUCUCGAUCAUCAAAAGAGAUCAGGCAGGCAUCGACAUUGGAUCAACUGUGACAAUCUAUAAACUCAUUUCAUUCUUGAAAGAGGAAAGUAAAAUCAAUUUUGGUUCAUGUGGGAAGUUAGUGUCCGAUAAACUGGCUUACCACAUGGAGAAGAUUGCUUCACCAUUUGUUAGAAAUUCUGCUAGUGUGGGAGGAAAUUUGGUUAUGGCACAGAAGAAUGGUUUUCCUUCAGAUAUAGCUACAUUAUUUCUUGGGCUUUGUGCUACUGUUAGCUUGAUGACUCGUCAUGGACUUGUAAAGCUCACAUGGGAGGAGUUAUUGUCGAAACCACCACUGGACUCGAGAAUUGUGCUUCUAAGUGUUUCGAUCCCAUUUAAAAAAGAUCGAAAUUCUAAAUUUUUGUUUGAAACUUAUCGAGCUGCUCCACGACCUCAUGGAAAUGCAUUGGCAUAUGUUAAUGCUGCUUUCCAGGCUGAUGUUUCUCUCUGCCAGAACGGCUUCCUGAUAAACUAUAUCCGGUUGGCAUUUGGUGCUUAUGGCACAAAACACGCAACAAGGGCUAAAAUGAUAGAGGGAUAUCUAACCGGGAAAAUGUUAAACAUACAUGUUUUAUAUGGAGCUCUUAAAUUAGUCAAACUAGCAGUUGUACCGGAAGAUGGCACUUUACACCCUGAGUACAGAUCAAGCUUGGCUGUCAGUUAUGUCUUUGAGUUCCUUUAUCCCUUCACUGAUGGUUAUUCUGCCCUUUCUGGUAGUUUAUUCAAUGGAAUUAAUGAUAUCUCAGUCGAAAAAGUUUUCAAAAGUAGUAAAGAUGGUUGUACUAGUCAGGGGAGAAAACAAACACUACUAUCUUCUGCUAAGCAGGUUGUGGAAUCAAGUACCGAGUACUAUCCAGUAGGUGAACCGAUGAAGAAGGUUGGAGCUGCCAUGCAAGCUGCUGGUGAAGCUGUUUAUGUAGAUGACAUUCCUUCACCGCCAAACUGCCUGUAUGGAUCAUUUAUAUACAGUACGAAAGCAUUAGCAGGUGUAAAGGGAAUCCAGCUCGAGUCGAAUCAAUUAACAGAUGGAGUCACCGCCAUUAUUACUUUUAAAGAUAUCCCAAUCGGAGGGGCAAAUGUAGGAGCUAUUAGAUUUUCUGAUCCUGAGCCCUUAUUUGCAGAUGAUCUCGUCCGAUACGCUGGCGACAGAAUCGCAAUUGUGGUUGCUGACAGUCAGAGGUCUGCUGACGUGGCUGCAAGAACGGCCCUCGUUGAAUACGACACUGCAAAUAUAGAUUCGCCCAUUUUAACCGUUGAGGAAGCUGUUGAGAAAUCUAGCUUUAUCCAAAUCCCACCAUUUCUAUAUCCAAAACAGGUUGGUGAUUUCUCGAAAGGAAUGACUGAAGCUGAUCACAAGAUUCUCUCAGCUGAGGUAAGACUUGGUUCUGAGUACUAUUUUUAUAUGGAGACACAGACUGCCCUUGCAAUUCCAGACGAAGACAACUGCAUGGUUGUUUAUACUUCAAGUCAGUGCCCUGAGAGCGCACAUCGUGUGAUUACCACUUGUCUUGGUGUUCCUAAACACAAUAUCCGUGUAAUUACAAGAAGGGUCGGAGGUGGUUUUGGGGGCAAGGGAGUCAGAGCAAUGCCUGUCUCCACAGCCUGUGCACUUGCAGCAUACAAGUUAAGGCGACCUGUCAGGAUAUAUGUCAACCGGAACACUGACAUGAUAAUGACAGGAGGAAGACACCCAAUGAAAGUAACAUAUAGUGUAGGAUUCAAGUCGAGCGGAAAGAUCACAGCAUUACAUCUUGAUCUAUUGAUAAAUGCUGGGAUCUCGGAAGAUGUAAGCCCCCUCCUACCAUUAAAUGUGAUGAAAGCACUAAAGAAAUAUGAUUGGGGUGCACUUUCUUUUGAUGUUAAACUAUGCAAGACAAAUCUUACCAGCAAAUCGACUAUGCGGGGCCCUGGGGAGGUGCAAGGAUCUUACAUUGCUGAAGCUAUAAUAGAACAUGUAUCGAGUUCACUGUCGAUGGAGGUGGACUCGGUCAGAAAUAAAAAUGUCCAUACAUUUGAAAGCCUCAAUUUUUUCUAUGAUAACAUUGCAUCAGUAGGAGAAUAUACACUGCCUAGUAUCAUGGAUAAGUUGGCUGUGUCCUCAAGCUUUUUCGAACGAAGAGAGAUGAUAAAACAGUUUAACCACAAAAAUACAUGGAAAAAAAGGGGUAUUUCUCGAGUGCCAAUCGUGCAUGAAGCUAUGCAACGACCGACCCCCGGAAAAAUCAGUAUUCUGCAAGAUGGAUCAAUUGUUGUAGAGGUUGGAGGGAUUGAAAUUGGCCAAGGGCUAUGGACAAAGGUGAAACAGAUGACGGCCUAUGCUCUUGGUUUAAUUGAAAGUAGUUGGGCCGAAGACCUUGUGGAGAAAGUAAGAGUCAUACAAGCAGACACCUUAAGCAUAGUGCAAGGUGGGUUGACGGCAGGGAGCACUACAUCGGAAUCAAGCUGUGAAGCUGUUAAACUUUGCUGUAAUGUCUUGGUUGAAAGACUGACUCCUCUGAAGAAACAGUUGCAGGAACAAAAUGUCUCUGUUGAUUGGCCAACACUGAUUCGACAGGCACAAAUGCAAUCAGUAAACUUAGCAGCACAUUCUUAUUAUGUACCAGAAUCUAGUUCCAAGAAUUAUUUGAACUUCGGCGCUGCUGUCAGUGAGGUGGAGAUUGAUAUUCUGACUGGAGAGACUACCAUUUUGCAAUCGGAUAUUAUUUACGACUGCGGGCAGAGCUUGAAUCCAGCCAUUGAUUUGGGACAGAUUGAAGGGGCUUUCGUUCAAGGAAUUGGAUUUUUCAUGCAUGAAGAGUAUCUUACAAACGAAGAGGGGUUAAUGGUCUCAAACAGCACUUGGACAUACAAGAUCCCGACGAUUGACACCAUACCUCAGAAUUUCAAUGUUCAUGUGGUAAACAGUGGACAUCAUAAAAAACGUGUUCUCUCGUCCAAAGCAUCUGGUGAGCCACCGUUGCUGCUGGCAGUUAGUGUCCAUUGUGCAACACGAGCAGCCGUUAAAGCAGCACGUGAACAGCUCAAACUAUGGGGCAAGCUUGACGGGUCUGAUUCAGAAUUUUAUCUUGACGUCCCUGCCAUAUUACCCGUUGUGAAGACACAGUGUGGCCUGGAUUAUGUGGAGAAAUACUUGGAAACUUUGCUGGCUCAGAAAUCUUACCAAAGUUGUAUCAACAUAGAUCUCAAAUGAUACUGAACUUAAAAGAGUUGAUUUUUGUGGAGUCCAAUUCAUGUGCCAAUUUUACUUGGCUGAUUUUCUAUUCCUUGGAGUCUAAGGAUGCUAAGAUGUGGAGGAGAAUUGAAAUACUCCUAUAGCAUAGUUGAAGCCCAAGUCAUUUUUUGCCUAUACAAAAAGAGGCAAUUAAUUCUUCAUUGUUAAUCAUCCCAAAAUUAUUAGUAAAUUCUUGUAAAGUAGAGAGUUGAGAGAGCAACUCUCUUAGGUGUGA